AAUUACAGUGUGUUCUGAAUAAAUUAAGAUUGAUGUGUAGUUUUUUUUUUUUGAGAAAUUGGCUAAGAUUGAUGUCUAGUUCAUGUGUACUUAGUUUACGUUUAUAUGAGAUUUUAUGCUUUAUUAUCUACUCAUAAUUUAAAUUUUAUACCCACAAACUUAAUUAUCUCAUUGUUUUUGUUUUGUUAGGGACGGGGAAAAAAAUAGAAAAAUAAAAAUGCAAAAAAGAUUCAAACUUAGAAUUGUCAAAUCUGGCAAAUUAAAAUCGUACAAAUAUGCAUGUAGUAACAUGCUCUAUAUUGGAGCACUACGAAGAACGAUAUAUAUGUACAAACACGUAACUGUUCGACUCUUUUAAUCAUUAUCUUUUUUCUCUUUAUUCAAUAGAAAAUGUGAUAAGUGAGAGUGAUGGGUAGGUUAAAGGCAAAUCGAGUGAAAGAAGAAGACAAGAGAAGGAAAACAAGUAAACUCAGCUUUGUCUUGUCAUCUUCUGUAGUGUGGGAUUCCACUCUUUUGUUCUUGUCACCUCUCUGAUCUCUCCCUCUAUCUCGGUAAACUUAGUUACCACUUUAGCAUCUCUCUAUAUAUUCCACAGCUCUCUUUACUUCUCGCUACUCCAAAACUACUUCAAUAAAUCACGGUCUUAACUUUAGAAACCACCAUAUAGAUCUAGGUUGUGAAUAACGAUGAAGAUUUCGAUGGGACGAGGUGGGUCAGGUUGGAUAGCGAAGCUCCGUUGCUGGGAUUGGUGUAAGGAACAAAGAACGCGUGUUUAUAUCAUUUGGAGGUGUUUGCUUUUCUUGUUACAGUGGGAAGACUAAAGAUCGACAAAGAAUAAUUAGCAAUCUCAAAGAUUUAUUCCACACUCGGUUUACAAAGUGGAAGAAAAACCAAUGGAGUAUUUUUAUUUUUGGUCUUCAGGAGAAUAAACGUGUAUGUCGUUUUAUUUGGCUCAGUUUAUUUAGUACAACACUUCGUCUAUAUUUAACGUUAGUUGCGUCAGUUGUAUAGUUUAGUCUGUGACGUAAGUUAAUCUGAAAAUAAGCUAAUGCUGAUUAGACUGGUAAUGUAAGCUAAAGAAGUACUAAUGUUUUACUUUAUCCACUUUCUAGGAUGGCUUUCA